UCUAAUCAGAAAGUGUCUGUUUCUUCCAUGACAGAUAAAUUGAUCCUGAUCAAAGAAAAGAAGACCUGGGAGGACGCUUUGAAUUACUGCAGACACAACCACAGGGACCUGGUGUCCAUCACUAACCCUCACCAGCAGAGGUGGGUCCAGGAGAGAGCCAAGCAGGCCGACUCUGACCUCGUCUGGCUGGGGCUGUCCUACAGCUGCUUUCUGGAUUUGUGGUUCUGGGUCAGCGAAAAUUUGGUCUGCUAUGAUAACUGGGACUCAGAGGAGCAGAGUAAGAGCUGUGAAAGGGCUGCAGCCAUGAAGAAAGGAGGAGAGCAUGAAUGGGUCAGCAAGUCUAACACUGAAGAGUUCAAUUUCAUCUGCAAAGUUUAACCCUCUGAACCCUAACAAGCCAUUCAGGGCGUGCUUUUGCUCAUUUUACAUUUUACUCACUGUGGCCUAAUAUUUAACUGAAAU